AUGGAGUUCGAUAGAGAUCUCGUUGAGUGGGAACCUCGCGACGCAGCCAAUCCACACAACUGGUCGACAAGGAGAAAGUUGUUCAUCUCGCUUGUAUUGAAUACACUGCCUUUCGUGGUCAAUGUGUCUGCUGGGGUCCUGUCGGGCUCUAGCACGCAGCUCGCCGAGGACUUCCAUGUUCCCCGGACCACGGUAGUGUUGAUCGUAACCAUGUUUCUACUGGGCUAUGCAGUCGGUCCUUUGGUGUUUGGACCUCUGUCUGAGCGUAUUGGAAGAAAGAUUCCAAUUAUGGUUGGUAUAAUUGGAUUUGCAUCAUUCUCUCUUCCAAUAGCCUUGGCUCAGAACUUUUAUACAAUAUUGAUAUGCCGAUUCUUGAGUGGAACAUUUGGUGCUGCGUCAAUGGCUGUCACCGGCGGCGCCAUCGGUGACAUCUGGCCUAGUCCUGUGGCACGAGGUGUCGGUCUGGACGUGCUGGUCAUGACGGGCUACCUCGGACCUGCACUAGGCCCAAUUAUUGGCACCUACAUAACUAACAGCUCCCUUGGCUGGCGAUGGGCAUUGUGGGUGACCAUGAUUGCCGCAUACGCCUUUUCUAUUUUGUUUUACUGCUGUGUGCCUGAGACUUUUGCCCCGGUGCUGCUCAGCCAGAAAGCCAAAAGACUGCGGUUAAGGUCAAAGAACUGGGCAUUGCAUAGCAAACAUGAUAUGGAGGAGUCCAUCACCCUAUCAACGUUUGCACGAACUUAUCUUGUAAGACCGAUGGUUCUGCUAGCGACAGAGCCUAUUUAUCUGUUGACUACCGUCUAUAUGGCUUUCAUCUACGCACUUGAAUUCAUUCUUCUCCAGGGGUUCCCAGCGAACUUUAUCGGGGUCCACGGAUGGACGCCUGAGAAUGCAUCACUGGCUUUUCUGAGCCUUGUCAUUGGAGGCAUAAUCGGCUUCGCCUUUGUCUUCUGGUACUCCACCACGAUAUACGCCAGGCAGCUCCAGUCGACACCUGGGAUUGUCGUUCCUGAGCGCCGUCUACCACCCAUGAUACUUACUGGCCUGAUUCUCCCCCCAGGCCUGUUUUGGGCGGCAUGGACUUCCGACCCGAAUAUCGCCUGGCCGGUGCAAAUGUUGGCAUACAUAUUCGUUGGGAUCUCCCUCUAUGUGACUUUCCUCCAGGGCUUCAAGUAUAUUGUGGACGUCUACCUGCCUGUGGCCAGCAGUGCGAUUGCAGGAAACAUGUUCGUUCGCAGCUUCUUCGGAGCCGGAUUUCCGGUAUUCACGCCUUAUAUGUACAACAACUUGGGCGUUCCGUGGGCGACAAGUACGUUGGGCUUCAUCUCUUUAGCUUUAGCCCCGCUACCUGUCGUGUACUAUGUGUCUGGAAAGAAGAUUCGGGGCUUCUCAAAGCACACAUACAAUUAG